AUGGGUGAAAGUAAUAAACGAGAAGGGUGCACAAGCUCUAAUCUCCGGCCCCUUCUGCCUCCGGGUCCAAAACCCUUUCCCUACAUUGGUUGCUUAAUUACCAUGCUCCGGAACAAGCCAACUUUCCAAUGGAUACAUAGAAUGAUGGAUGACAUGAACACCAAUAUUCUAUGUGUCCGUCUUGGAAACGUCCAUGUUAUAGUAGUGAGUGAUCCAAAGAUAGCUUGUGAGUUCUUGAAAGACAAAGAUAGGAUGUUCUCGUCAAGGCCAGAUUGUGUGUCGGGCUAUUUAACUAGUGGUGGUUACUUGAACGCUUCUCUUGCUCCAAUGGGUGAUCAUUGGAAGAAGAUGAGGAAAGUUCUAGCUACCGAUAUCCUUUCCAUGGCUAGACAUGAGUGGCUUCAAAACAAACGAGACAAAGAAGUUAAUAAUCUGCUUAGGUAUGGAAAGAUUUGUAAGCUUAAUUACUUGCUAUAUGUUUUUGAUGUCUUCUUAAUUAGACAUGUGUUUAAGCUUACAAUUAUCCCCUUUCAUUUCCUUACCAAACUAAGUCAAUGUAUGUAUCUAUUAGGUACAUUUACACUCAAUGCAAGACCUGGUGUAGUCUCAGGAAGGGUAGUGAAUGUGAGGGUGAUUGUGCAACAACACUCGAUCAACAUCAUAAGAAAGAUCAUCUUCGGGAGUAGAUAUUUCGGCAAAGGGGAUGCAUACGGCGGACAUGGACAAGAAGUGGUUGAGCAUUUUGAUUCUUUAUCAACGAUUGCCGGUCAUGUUUAUGCUUUUUGUGUGACAGAUUACUUCCCUUGGUUAGGAUGGAUAACUGAUUUUGAUGGGCAUGAGAGAAACCUAAAGAACGCUCUUUGUAUUGCAAAAAAGUAUUUAGAUCCUUUGGUUGAUGAAAGGAUUCAACAAUGGAACAAUGAUAUUAAGACGAAAGAAGAUGACUUGCUUGAUGUUUUCAUCAACCUGCAAAACCCUCGACUCAGCGUAGAUCAAAUAAAGGCCCAGAUCCUUGAUUUUUUUCUAGCUACUUUUGAUAACAUUCCAAAUAAUAUCGAAUGGACAUUAGCGGAAAUGAUUAGCAACCCAAGAAUCUUGGAAAAAGCAGUCCAUGAGAUUGAUUCCUUGGUUGGAAAAGAUCAUAGACUCGUACAAGAAACCGAUCUAGUCCAUCUCAGAUAUAUCAAGUCAUGUGUGAGGGAAGCGUUCAGGUUGCACCCAGUUGCCCCUUUCAACCUUCCCCAUGUGGCGUCUGAAGACACUAUUGCUGCUGGGUACUUCAUACCAAAAGGUAGCCAUGUGCUUUUAAGCCGUCCUGGGCUAGGACGAAAUGCUAAGGUCUGGAAUGACCCAUUAACUUUUAAUCCAGACCGGCACAUAAAUGGUCAAAAUGAGGUCGUGCUAACUGACCACGAUCUUAACAUGUUGUCAUUUAGCACUGGACGGCGUGGGUGUCCUGGAGUGUUGUUGGGCACAACCAUUACUGUAAUGCUCAUGGCUAGGCUCGUACAAGGGUUCACUUGGGAGUUGCCGCCCAAUGAACCACACGUUGAUCUCAAGGAGAACAUGCACAAUUUAUGGAAGGCCAAACCAUUACUAGCCUUAGCGAAGCCACGCCUGCCGCACCAUCUAUAUCCCACUUGUUAGACGCAAAAAAAUGUCCUCACAU